AUGGCUGCAGAUACGGACAACGUCUCUGCGCUCGUGGCCCAACUGCUCGACAAGCUCGCCUCGCUCGACAACCAGGUCCAGCUCUACCGCCAAGACAUGGCCCACGAGUUCCAGCGGCACUCGCGAGAGCUGCUCGAAGACGUCCCUCGGGACGUGGCCGCACAGGUCGAGCAGGCAGUGGCGGACUCUCUGCACAACUAUCCGGUCCUUAACCCCGGCUUCUCUGAUCUCGCCAGCUCCAUCCAGGCCGACCAGCUCGCCGACCCUCUGGAGCGCAUCGAGCUCGACAAGAGAGCCCGCGCGGGCAGCCGGUCCCCACCGCCAAACCUGCCGCAUACGUCUGGGGUGCCGCCCGAGCAGAGCGGCAAUGGUCCGAGGAGCCCACAUGAACGAGAGCGCGAAUUCCAUGGUCUGUUCACACCGAGCUAUCUCCCCUUGCUUGAGGCUGCACCACGACCCGGUCCCGAGAGGAGGAGCGUCAUGUUCAAUGCUUCCACCAACACCAGCACAUCCCCUCGUACCUCGUCGUCGUCCACAUCACCACUACCCAGAAAGCAGCGUGACCAUAUCAACGAUGAGCCUAACAGUUUCAAAGAUUCGUCUGCGCCCUCGUCAUCAUCUUUAGCUACUGUCUCGACGCUUCGACCUCACCCAAGCCGCCGCUAUACUGAGGAGACACUAUCCUCCGUGACAUCAGACGAUAGUGCCUCGCGAUCACGACCUCGGAGUGCUCUGCGGCGGUCUUCGAGCUCCUCCACAAAGACGCAAAGCCCAAGACGAGUGCGUUUCGAGGUCGAGGGCACCGAGGUGCUGCCGACCAUGUCGCCCAUGCUCUCGCCCCGUCUGUCAGAUCUGCCGCCGUCACCAUUGAACAGCGCCGAUAACAUAUUGGGUCCAUUUGAGGAGGACCCCUCGUUGCAAGGAACCCUCGCGAGUGAUUACAACGACGACGAUCCAGUCACUGAAUUGUUGGGCAGCUCCCCACCAAGACCCAAAAAGGUGUCCUCGACAGAUCGGUUAAAAGCCCUCGCACGCAAUUCCACAGAGGACACGUCGAAAUGGACAGUGGUCGGCGACAUGCAAGGCAGCGAUGACGACGAGGAUGAGUUGGUCAUGGGUGGGCGGAGUGCUAGGCAACGAGGUGCAUUGGCCCAGGCAGCCGCCCCAGCACAGCCUGCUCAGCCGGCCGUGACUCACGAUUCUGUGGCACAUCGUAUAAAUGAUGCACGCUUGCCCAGCCAGCUUAGUGCGGGCUUGCCGGUCGUGCAGGAACAUGACGAGACUUCUAAUGCGGAAGAAGAGGGUUACGACAGCAGUGAAAGCGACGAGCUUAUGAUGCCCGCGCGACGCUCAAAAAGUAGCCCGCAGCCAGAGGCUUCCUCCGCCGUUGUGGGCGCAUCUGCGCAAACGGUCCCCAACGCGCUGAACGCAAGUAUGACAGAGACAUCAAGAUUAGAAAGAGCCUCUCAUCCUACUCCUGGUGUUGAUGAGGAGGACUUGUUUGACUUUGACGAUGAAAAUCAAGCUUCGCCAAAGCCGUCAGAUAAGAAAACGCCAACCAAGUACAUUGAGGAGGAGGAAGAGGAGGAGAAUCCCGAAGCGGCCUCCCCUACUGUCACACCAUUACGCAGGGCCGCCGCUCCUGCCAGUCUCCCUUCGGCAUCGCGGAACGUCAACAUUUCGAAGCCUCCACCACCACCGAAGUCCCCCACGAGCGCCAUGGCCAGCGCGCUGAUGGGAACGUCAAUGGGGUCAUACAAGGGAAGACCUAUCAUUCUCGGAAGUGUUAAGAACGAACAGUUGCACGAGCAAGUUAGUCGAAUGGGCAACUUCGCCUCGUUCGUGGGUAGUGUGGACGGCCGCACGGGUGUCGACGAGAAGGGGAGCUACCGACCUGAGGGUAUGUCCUUUACCGGCACGCCAAAGAGCCUCAGCGAGCGCAUGCUCAAGGAGGAGCUCGAGGAGGAGGAGGCAGCUCGCCGUGGUGGGUCAACCACUUCCUAA